AUGACCGUGUGGGGACCAAAGAAAGCAUAAUGAUCCGAGUCCCUGACCACACGGUCACAGCCCACUUGUGUACUAUCACUGGGCCACUGGCUAUCACAUCUGCAAACCCUAGUGGUGAAUCUGACAGCACACAUCAUGACAUGGUUGUUAAUCGUCUUGGGAGCAAGCUUCAAGGAGUACUGUGUGAUGGAGAGUCUAAUGAAGUUGUGGCAUCAACAGUAGUCAACUGCCUGAAAAUUGAUGAAGGUACAAUAAGCAUAGUGCGGGAAGGUUGUGUUCCUGCAGCCAAAAUAUGGCAGAUUUUUGAGAUGGUUAAGAACAGUAUGCUGUGAGAUCCAGAACUUCAGUAUGUGAUCAAAUGUGAUCUAGGCAU